CUGGAGGGAGAGGGGAUUUACCUGCCCUCUGAGCGCCCCUGGGGCGGUGCGGCGCGGCGCUGCGGCAGAGGAUGCGCUGGCAGGAGCAGCCCUGGCGGGGGGGCGAGGCGAGGCGAGCGGCUGCAGCGGGAGGAGGGGCCGGGCUGCCUGUGCCGUCACAACCGGGUCGCUGCUGAGCGUGUCUGCGCCGCUGGAGCCGCGGCUGCGGGGUGGGGGCGGCGGAGCGGGGCGCUGCUGCGAGCCAUGUUGGGCGGGAGCGGCUGAGGAGCGGGGCGGCGGAGGUUUUAUUUAAAAAAGACAAAUUGAGUCUGGAUGCCUGUGCUGGAUGUUAGCAGCUGAAGAUGGAGUAAGAUGUGACCUUAACUCUGAUUUGAAGAAAUGCAAAACCACACUGUCUCACAAGAGGAAAAUAGCCCUCAUUAUGCUUAGCAUGGUGAUAUUGGAGGAGUAGCGACUGGAGACAAUCUGCUGCACUCUGAUACUUCGGCAAGACAAAUCACUAACAUCUAGCAGCAAGAAAAGGCGUGUUCUUCAUGACAAAAUGACAGCAAGAGAACACAGCCCCCGCCAUGGUGCAAAAUCCCGCACUGUGCAACGGGCCUCCACUAUUGACAUUGCCUCUGACAUGCUAGGUCUGUCUCUGGCAGGAAACAUCCAGGAUCCAGAUGAGCCAAUUUUAGAAUUCAGCUUAGUUUGCAGUGAGUUGCUCACACCAUCGCUAGAUCGAAAACCAAAUACUUUUGUCGCAGUAAGUGUCACUACACCUCCUCAGGCAUUCUGGACAAAGCAUGCACAGACAGAGAUUAUUGAGGGAACAAAUAAUCCUAUCUUUCUAAGCAGUAUUGCCUUUUUUCAAGACUCUCUUAUCAAUCAAAUGACGCAAAUCAAACUUUCUGUGUACGACGUCAAAGAUAGAUCUCAGGGAACAAUGUAUUUAUUGGGUUCUGGAAUGUUCACUGUAAAGGAAUUACUUCAGGAGAAGAACCAUAGAUUGCAUUUAACACUAAGGUCUGCUGAAAGUGAUCGUGUAGGUAACAUCACAGUUAUAGGAUGGCAAAUGGAAGAAAAAACGGACCAAAAGCCUCCUGUAACAAGGUCUCCUGACACCAUUAAUGGGAGGACUGUACUGCCAGUUGAUGAAAGUUUAACAGAAUCUUUAGGAAUCAGAUCCAAAUAUGCUUCGUUACGGAAAGAUGUGUUACUAAAAUCCGUGUUUGGUGGUGCCAUUUGUCGGAUGUAUCGUUUCCCCACAACUGAUGGGAACCACCUGAGAAUUUUGGAGCAGAUGGCUGAGAGUGUACUGUCACUGAACAUCCCCAGACAGUUUGUGAAGCUGCUUCUUGAAGAAGAUGCAGCCAGGGUUUGUGAACUAGAAGAGCUGGGAGAGCUGUCUCCCUGUUGGGAGAGCCUUCGUCGACAAAUAGUUACUCAGUACCAAACAAUUAUACUGACUUAUCAGGAAAACCUAACUGACUUGCAUCAAUACAAAGGCCCUUCGUUUAAAGCAAGUAGCUUGAAAGCUGAUAAAAAAUUGGAAUUCGUGCCCACAAAUUUACACAUACAAAGAAUGAGAGUCCAGGAUGAUGCAGGAUCAGAUCAGAAUUAUGACAUAGUAACCAUAGGAGCACCCGCAGCUCACUGUCAAGGCUUUAAAUCGGGGGGUCUACGGAAAAAGCUGCAUAAAUUUGAAGAGGCAAAGAAACACAGUUAUGAGGAAUGUUGCACUUCAACAAGCUCCCAGUCUAUAAUAUACAUACCACAGGACAUUAUUAGAGCAAAAGAGAUUAUUGCACAAAUCAACACCCUGAAAACUCAAGUCAGUUACUAUGCCGAAAGGCUCUCAAGAGCUGCCAAGGAUAGAUCAGCUAAUGGCCUUGAAAGAUCACUUGCCAUUUUGGCAGAUAAGACACGGCAGCUUGUCACUGUCUGUGAUUGCAAGUUAUUGGCAAAUUCAAUACAUGGAUUAAAUGCUGCAAGGCCAGAUUAUAUAGCCUCAAAGGCAUCUCCAACCGCUGGAGAGGGGGAACAAGUGAUGCUAAGGAAUGAUCAAGACACUCUUGUGGCAAGAUGGACAGGAAGAAAUAGCCGAUCUUCUCUGCAGGUGGAUUGGCAUGAAGAGGAAUGGGAAAAAGUUUGGUUGAAUGUUGACAAAAGUCUGGAGUGCAUUAUUCAGAGAGUGGACAAACUUCUCCAGAAAGAGCGUUUGCACAGUGAUAGCUGUGAAGAUGUUUUCCAGUGUGACAUCAGCUGUACUAGUAAGAAAGGUAAUCGGGAUACUCGUGCCUACUGGAUAAACCCAGAAGGCUUAGAUGAGACCUCAUCCUCACCACCAUCAUCCUCACCACCAUCUUCAACCAUAUCAUCCUCUGCAUGCCAUUCUCACAGAAACACAAAUUGCAGCCCCCCUCCUGAAGAGUCCAGCCCAGGUGAAUGGAGUGAGGCUCUUUACCCCUUGCUGACAACGCUCACGGACUGUGUAGCCAUGAUGAGUGACAAAGCAAAGAAAGCUAUGGUCUUUUUGUUAAUGCAAGAUAGCGCUCCUACAAUAGCUCUGUGCCUGAGCCUUCAAUAUCGCAGGGAUGUUGUCUUCUGCCAAACUCUGACAGCUCUUAUUUGCGGUUUCAUUAUCAAACUGAGGAACUGCCUGAAUGAUGAUGGAUUCCUAAGGCAGCUCUACACCAUUGGUCUGCUGGCGCAGUUUGAAAGCCUUUUGAGCACAUAUGGUGAAGAGCUGGCAAUGCUGGAGGACAUGAAUUUGGGAAUAAUGGAUUUGAGAAAUGUAACCUUUAAAGUAACUCAGGCCACAUCAAAUGCAUCUGCUGACAUGCUGCCAGUCAUUACAGGAAAUCGUGAUGGAUUUAAUGUGAGGAUUCCUUUGCCAAGCGCCUUGUUUGAUUCGUUGCCCCGGGAGAUUCAGAGCGGCAUGCUACUGAGAGUUCAGCCUGUUCUUUUCAACGUGGGAAUCAAUGAGCAGCAAACCCUAGCAGAGAGGUUUGGAGACACCUCAUUACAAGAAAUAAUUAAUAUGGAGAGUUUAGUUCGGUUGAAUUCCUAUUUUGAGCAGUUCAAGGAAGUUUUGCCUGAUGAUUGCCUACCUCGAUCUCGUAGUCAGACGUGCCUGCCUGAACUGUUAAGGUUUCUGGGACAGAAUGUACAUGCAAGAAAAAAUAAGAAUGUUGAUAUUCUUUGGCAAGCUGCUGAGAUAUGCCGGAGACUAAACGGUGUUCGAUUUACAAGUUGUAAAAGUGCCAAGGACAGGACAGCCAUGUCAGUGACCCUAGAGCAAUGUUUGAUCCUGCAGCAUGAACAUGGAAUGGCUCCUCAGGUCUUCACCCAGGCACUGGAGUGCAUGAGGAGCAUUGGAACACGGGAGGUAGUCACCCAGAAGAACUUGAGUGGCUUGGUGCCCAUCCGAGAUUUCGGGCUAGACCCCAGCCUCCUCUACUCUUUUCCUUUACUAGCUCUGAGCCCCAAUUUACUGAUUGUGUGGCUGUUUCUGAGCGUAGCAUACCUGGUGGCCCGAUUACGUUGCAAAUGAAGACAAGCUUAAAAAAAACAAAAAUAGAUAAAAGUGCUUAAAUAUGUAUUGCCACCUGAUACCUGCUGGACAAAGGAAUGUGUCAUAGCAAUGUCUGCCAAGAAUUAUUAUUAUGCCUUACAAUUUUACGUUUAUAUUGUACUAAACUGUAAAUAUACAUCAAAUUAUUUUAUCAAGAGGAAUUGUAUUGAAAGUUUAAACCACUGUUAUGCUUUCAGUGCUUGUAACAUAGUCUGAAGUUGGCUGUUACCUCGUUACUUUAGCUGGCCUGAAGAUCAGUUUCUCUUACCAAAUAUUUCUCUUACAUUCAGAUCUAAGAGUCUCUCUCAUAUAUACAGUUUUGUGUUACUUGUUUCAUGUAUUCCAGAGAAAGGAACUCUGUCUGAAAGAAUUUGUAUCUUUUUGUAUAAUCUUUAAGUGUAUGCUAACCUUGCCUUUCAUUUUUAUGAGAUAUGAAGAGAAAAAUUUAAAAUAAAUAGGUGGGGUUUAUAACAGAUGUAACUAGAUAAACAAAUCUGACACUUUCUACUUCCAUUUCAAAGCAUAAUCGCUAAAUUACAAUAGUAAACAGUUUGCAGAACCCAUAGUCUUGUUCCUUUCUCGUUUAAAUCUAUUUCAAUAGCAUAUACUGUACCCGCUCAAAAAAAACCCCUUGAAUUGCAGUGUACUGCAUGCAAUGUUAUUCCAUUAUGUUUACAGGUAUACAUUUUUGUAGCCUAUUUAAGUGAAUGACUCUCAGAAAAGGAGAGUAUGUAGUAAAAAUAGACUGAUAGUGAUUCAUUGUCCAUUUAUUCCUCCUUGGGAAAAGAUGCUCCAUUUUUAAAUAAUAAAAAAGAGAAUUCUGAAUCAGGAUAAUAACUUAUAAAUUAAUUAUGUUGACAUUUAAUAUACCAGACAAGAAAAGAGGUAUAUUAGUUAGCUCCCUUAGCAUGGUGACACUGAACUACAAAGCCAAAGCAUUUGGGUUUUGUGCAGUGACAAUAGACAAAAUAUUAUUAUUUCUAUUCUUAAAUAUUUGCUAUGUGCACAGAUAUUAUGGUUAUGGGAGCCACAUAAGGACCUAGGUAGGUAAAUAGAUGACAGUGAGUUAAUAUGUAAUUUCUAUCAUUAUUAUAAUUAGCUCAAAUAGGCAAAUAGCAGCAUUCAGAAAGCCUAGAUAGCUGUAACUGUUAUAUUCAUUUUGUUGUUUUUUAGAAGCAUUUCUGACCAGUAAUAAUGCAAGAUGAAAAAGCAGCUAUGUAAUUUUGAGGUUAGAAUAGACUCUUAAAUUCAGGAAAUGUUUAAUUUCCUGUUAUAAAUAAAUCAGAAAGUACAUGGCUAUGUUUUCUUUGUCUUCACCAAAUCAGAUUGUACAAUACAAUGUCUCCUGAUUUCCAUCCCCUCCCUCUACCUUUUUUUUUUUUUUAAAAGGUGAAUCUAUUUAAAUUUAUAUUUCAUUUUUAUAAAAAAAAACAAAACAAAACUGGAGUGAGUUUGGGAAAGCGUAUUGCUGAUGAAAUUGAAACCAUGGCAUGCCAGCAAUGGAAAAUACAAAGCUGAUUGGUGGCAGGUAUAAAUUACUCUGCUACUGCAUCUCAGUCCUGAUCUUCACACACUUCUGAUUCCAGCCUUAUUUGUCCCCUGAACAGCCUGCCUUGUGUGCCAAAUUCUGUGUUUUUAUUAUGUGAAUAAGUAUCCAGUACGGACAAAGACCUUGAUCCAGCAAAAUGCUAAGCACACUAGCCCAAUCUAACAAGUAUGUGCUUAACUUUGAACAUGAGUAGCCCCAUAGAAGUCAGUGGGAAUAUUCAUGUGCUUAAAAUUAAGCAUGUUUAAAUGCUUUGCUAGACUGGGACCAACAUGCUCAUCAUCUUGCAAGAUUGAACUCUAAUUUAAGAAGCUGAUUAGUCUCACUUUGGGUGAAACCCUAGGCCUGCUUAAUUCAAUUUCAUUUCUUUGUGCCUAGAUUUCAUCCUUUGUGACCUAGCCUAUAUUUAAACUCAGGUCUCCAGAGCUGAAAAGCUUAGUGCAUGCUGCCAACAUGCCUCAACCAGAAGAAAUUAAUUCUUCACAAAAACUAUCACAUAAUUAAGUUAAGAUUCUGGUUCUUCACUACAGUUUCAGUCUUGCACAGUGCCAAGUGCCUGAACUCCCAAUAUACUCAGCAGAUGCUCAGUUGAGGAAGCUCAGCAGUUCAUAGGACUACUUGACACCUUGCUCGAUCCGAACCUUUGCGAAGGAUCUCUAAUGAGGAGAUGGCUGUUAUGUCAUAUCAAUGACAGUGUAAUAAACAUAAGUGCCAUUAGUUGAGAUGUAUUAAGCAGCACAAGAUCUCCAUUCUUUGCAUUUUAGAACACCUUUUAGUAACUUUGGGUGGUGGCAUGAAGGAGCAAUACUGUACCUUUAUAAUUAAGCUGGUUACCUUUGGGCAGGAGGUUUCACAUUCAUUUAAUUAAAUGUUGACAGGUACUAGGGUUAAGGUGCGAUAUAUUUUAAUUAAUUUAAGGCAAACAUAACCCCUACAUUUAAGGUAAAAAUAACAAUUAUUGUUAUGUCUUUGUGGUCACAUAUCAAAAUAUAUUUUAGAUCAUAUUUAAGAUAAUAUUAAAAGUAGGACUAAAGCUAAUAAAAUUAAGGAAGUUGGUGUAGUAUCUGUUACCAACUCAUUCAGUUGUGUCUAGGAAUCUCAGUAGUGAAAUAAGGAUUUAUGUUCACUAUUAGGUCACGUAAGAAAAAGUGACUCGUGAAUUAAUAUUUCUGGUCACCAUUGUUUCCAGUCAAACAGUAAGCCAUGUCCUCAGCUGGUAUAAACUGACAUAGUUCCAUUGAUGUUGAUGGUAUAUAGCAGCUAAAAAAUCUGGCACAGAAGAUAUGUGAUGGCACAUUAUAUCUUGUCUUCACAUUCACAGGAGGGGAAAAAAGCCCUUGCAGCACCAUCACUAUGACUCACUUCAGGCGUGCAAUAACUAGUCAUGAUGGGAUGAAUUCUGAACAAUGCUAAACUUACCAUUGCAUACCCUAACUUUCUGGUUUGUGUCCCAUGCUACUGUCCCUUUGUGACAUUACCCAGGGUACAAUCUGGACUGUUGAACAGCUUAAUUCUCUAGCCUGGGGUGUCUUUUAUCCUUCUUUGCUGUCAGAACAUCCACUCCUGGUCUGCUCACCCAGCUUUCAGUAUUCAAAAUCACUCCCAGAUAAAUUACAUGAGCACUCUGACCAGUCAUUCAUGAAUUACAUAUAGGGCAACACCCACAAAUUCUUAAUCCCAGCCUUGUUCCUCCAGAAAUGUGCAUCUUGUACUGCUCAGUAGCCUUCUGUACAAGCUCAUAGGAAGUCUCUCAUUUCAUCAAAGGAAAAUGAUAAUGUACCAGCCUUGUUAUCCCAAAUGGAGUUUCGCACACACUGUAAUCCAAACACACUGGUUAAGAUAAAACAAUAAGAUAAGUUUAUUAACUACAGAAAGAUAGUUUUUAAGCGAUUACACGUGAUGAUGCAUAAAAGUCAGGAUUGGUUACAAAAUAAAAUAAGAGUAAAAUGCAAGUUAAUGCCUAACUUAACAAGCUAAGUGAACUUAAAAGCAAAAGGUUUUGUCUCACCAUAUGCUGCAGUAAAUUUCACAGGCUGGGUCUCCUUUCAGCCUGAGACGCUGCCCCCUUAGUUCAGUUCAUUUAAAAUAGUCAAGAAAUAAUAAAAUUACAACAAAUUUAAUUAAUCAAAAUUAAACAAGCCCAGCAAUGAGCAUAAGCCAAUGUUGGAAGAAGAUUUUUAAAGGUAAACAAAACCCAAAGCAAUCUUUUAAAUGAAGUCACUAUGGUUUAUCUGGGGUAUGUUACAUGCUGCUUUACAUCUGUCUUUAAAACAGGAAAAAUAUAGCAUUUCAGCCAUAAGAUGGUGGUAUGUACAUUUUGCCAUCAAGCUAGUGCAUUAAAUCAUAAUCAUUAUCCAUUUUUACCUUCUGUAGUAGAGAGAGAAGAAAACAUUCUCAUGAGAAUCUAAGUUCACUUGUAACCUACAUUUUUUAAAAAGUGCUUCCUCUUUGUAAGUCUGUUUUUGGAAAACAAGGAUUUUACAUACAAUGAAAGGGACUUUGCAGUAGAUUUCAGAACCAUUAUCUAGAAGUCUUAUAGCUGGGGUAGCUUUCAUUAUAGCACAGAGCCUCCAUGGUAUGGAGCAACUGCAUAGCAACAUUAGGUUUGCAAUCUAAACUCUGAACAGUUUUGUGUGAUGACAGUACAUGGAGCCAAUCUUUUUUUGCAUCCAUACAUGCUGUUUUAGGAUUUAGAUUCUGCUAGUACAGUUUGUUAAUUUUCAAAUUAAUUUAUGCAUGCAAAGUUAUCUGAAAAGUCAUUAUUUUUGUAUUUACUCUUUAAGUAAGCUUUGAUAAUACUGGCAUACAGGGGACAAUAAAAUUAUUUUAAAAAUUCUGUUCAGAGAUCAGCAGUUUUUCUUUUUCAACUUAAUUUACUAACAAAUUAGCAGAACUGUAUUUCAGCAGUUUUUUUUUAUUCCAUGUGCAAUGAAAUGGCAUUUAAACUUCACAGUAAAAGUACCCUGAAAUACAUGAAA